GCCACACGCACGCGUGCGCCCUCGCGCGCGCACCGGGGCUGCGCCGGGCUCGGCGGGGCCGGGGAGGUCCCGGGCGCGGCCAGGCUCCGUGGCUCCGAGGCGGGCUGCCGCUUCCGGCUGCCGGCUGCCGGCUCCCGAGCGACCCCGGGCGGCCCGCCUGCUCGCCGCGAUCCGGGCGGCGGCGGGGGCCGCGGGCUUCCGAGCAGCCCCGGGAGCCCUGGAGCGAGCCAGCAUGGAUGCCGUCACCCCCUCCGCUGUGGAGGUUGUGCUUCCCAAGCACAUUCUGGAUGUCUGGGUCAUCGUCCUCCUCAUCCUGGCCACCAUCGUCGUCAUGACGUCCUUGUUGCUGUGCCCGGCCACGGCGGUCAUCCUCUACCGCAUGCGGACCCACCCUGUCCUCAGUGGGGCCGCCUGAGACCCUGGCAGGCGGGCCGCGGGGGGAGGCCAGGAUGCCCUUCCCCACGCCUGUGCGUGGAGGAGCCGCGGGAAGGACUUGGAGGUUGGACUUGGGCCUCAGGUUUGAUUCUGCGGCUGACGGAAUGUGUGAAGCUGGUUAAAUGAUGCUCUGCCUUCCGUAUUUGCAGCUGGGUGGGGAUUCCCCCCCUUCCUUCCUCACUGGGUUGAGAGAAGCAGAACACGCGGUGGAGCUGAGAGCGGUUUAUGCACAAACAGCUCGGCCAUGACAGAUGUGCAGGUGUUCCACCACUGGCCUCCUGCGGAGAAGCUGAAGAACCAAAGAAGUUAAAUGCUAGUGAUGGGCUGAAGGGAGCUGAGGGAGAUGUCAAGGGAAAGAACAGCCCUCGCCGGUGUCCUGCAGGCUGAAGAAAGCGAAGGAUAUUCUACCCUUGUCCUCCUGCCCGUUGGCUAGCAGCACACUGGCCCCAAGUUACUUUCCUCGUGGAGUAUCACCCAUUUUCUUUGGAGUGCCAACGCUUUAUCUUCUCAGUUGGGCUAGUGUAGCAGAACAUGCAGGAUAAGGAGAUAGGCAAAACAUUCCAGAACCUUCUCUAUGCCACUCUCUGCCCCUGUGUACAUGGCAGAAAGGUUCUCGUAUCAUUGGCAAUGCCAAGGGAAUCAGGGUAGCAGGCUUGUAGUUGCACGCAGUUAAGCAGGGUUGGAAUAUGCAGGUGCUGAAUUUCCUGCCUGGUUUUCAGGGACUCCAUCCCUACUCUCCGUACUAGGGGUGUUGUAUUUCUCUGUUCCAGCUCAUGCUACCUCUGCCCUCCCCCCCUCCCUCCCAUCAGCGCUGCAGCCUAUGCAAGGCACUUAAAUCUUAAGAUAUUCCCAAGACCUUUGGAACCAACCCAAAACCAUGAAGGUAUUUUAGAUGCUAUGACUUAUAUUUAUAGAGAGAUAUUUCUGGACUACUCAAGAGCUUCAAUACCCAAAUCAGAAGCAUCCUGAGAUUUAUUAAAUUAAGAAGAUAGAACAGACAUUGGGUUGUUGUGUGAAAAUGAUGCUUUUACUUUUAUCUUCGUUUCAUUAAUGUAUGCAACCAUUGACCAAUAAAAUGGUAGAACGAA